CCAUCAUCUCCUCGACAUCCCACCCCUCCCCUACGCUUCCCCUCCGUCAGGGCACUCGGUCAAGAUGAUUCAGCUAAAGACGAUGCUCAACUGCAUCGACAACUCCGGCGCCGCCGUUGUCGAGUGCGUGAACGUCCUGAAAAAGAAGCGCCCAGCCACCGUUGGUGACCGAAUUGUGGUCGUCGUCCAGAAACAACGAAACUUCGGCCCCGACAGCACGAACAACGUUGGUAUCGCGAACAAGGUCCGUCGAGGAGACAUCCGCCACGCCGUCGUCGUCCGGGCAAGGAAGGAGAUGCAAAGGCCGGACGGGUCGAUUGUCAAGUUCGACGACAACGCCUGCGUCCUGGUCAACAAGUCCGGAGAUCCUAUCGGAACGAGAAUGAACGGUGUCGUGGCUACGGAACUACGAGGAAGACAGUGGUCCAAGAUUCUGUCGUUGGCCCCCAUGCAUGUGUAGGAUAUACCUUUUGGAAGCGAAUUGUUCUUUUUCCUAUCUAGUUUGUAGCAAUAGAAAUUUCUUUCUCCUUUCAAACUCCCCCUUCCUAUUCAAACAUCGC